UAUUCCUGUCUCUUCUUCUCUUGCACACACAUAUAGUCUCUAUCUAUCUAUCUAUCUAUAUAUCUGUCUAUCUAUCUAUCCGUCUGUCUAUCUAUCCGUCUAUCUAUCUGUCUAUCUAUCUAUCCGUCUGUCUAUCUAUCUAUCUAUCUAUCUCACACACACACACACACACACACACACACACACACUCUUCACUGAUGUCCGAACCACGACACCGUCAUAAGAAGCGGUCCACCACCAAUGGCCAGAAGAAGCAGACCCAGAUCAGCAACACUGCAGAAUCCAGCGUAGACGCACAGACAGGGUCCACCUUGCUUUGGAACCUUAUCUGGUUGGUCAGCAUUGCACUUGGUGCAUCCGUCUGCUGCAUUUGUGGCUGGAAACAUGCUCGCUACAUGGCUCAACUACACGAGAACUAUUUAUGGUUUACCAACAUUAAGGAGUUAGAACGAGAAAUAUCAUUCCGAACGGAGUCGGGCUUGUACUAUUCCUAUUAUAAGCAGAUGGUGAAUGCUCCAUCAAUAAUGGAAGGAAUCAAUAGCCUGACAGACGACAACCUCACUGAGUUCCCCAGCACCAUCAACGUGAUUGAGAGGAUGAACAUUUACCAGGAAAUAAUCCUUGCCACUAUUUACAGGAGUUUCACCGUCAUUCAUAAGAAUUUCCUGCCAGUUUUCUUUUAUAUCCACACCAUAUUUUCCCUUCACGGUGCCUUGGUCAGUUCCCUGUUCGUUACAGCAUGGAUGUUAAGUGAGUCAUGGUUGACCGGCAUUCUUGCUGCUUGCUUUUACAUCUUCAACAGACUAGAUACUACAAGAGUAGAAUACGUCAUCCCACUACGAGAGAGCUUCUCGUUGCCCUUCCUCUGGCUCCAAGUGGCAGCGAUCUCAUACUAUCUACGAUGGAAGACAAACCCAGUACUGAGUGUGAAGGUGAUGCUAGUUAUCGAACUGUGCAACCUUCUGUUGGUGUGUGUGAUGCAGUUCUGCAGUCCAAUGAUACUUGGCUCACUGGCAGUCAGCUUCAUUAUAUCAUUCAUGAUCCUGCUUAUGUUCAAGAACUACCUCUUUUCUGCGGGCGGCAGCUUUUACCAAUUGUCUAAGGUUUCAAUCUUCAGCCUGGCAUCGCUUGUGCUGAUGGUAGCCAUCAACAAACUGAUUAAGGUUAUAAUUGUAUUGGAUGCUGAUGAACAUAUUUUCAAGUUCCUUCUCACCAAAUUUGGACUCGGCUCUUACACUGACUUUGACUCCCAACUCUAUCUGUGCAAUGGAGCAUUUGGAUUCCUAGAAUGGGACACGUUUGUACGCCUAACGAAUGGUUUCGUCUUCCCAGUUUAUGCCGUGGGUCACGUGGUCUUGUUGGUGUUGAUGCUGGUCUCCUGUUUCAAGAAAUGGCGCCAUAAAUCUCCGACAUCCAAUUAUCGUCCUUUGCUGUUUGCUCGGCCAGAAAUCGCUUUCCACACAGUAUUAUUCCAGGUAUUCCUGUUUCGUCAUUUCGUUAUCGGAAGUAUCCUGGCAUCUCUUCUUUACACUGUAUUACCAGGUGUCUAUAAAGAACUUGAAGACCUCAAAGAAUUCUGGGACCCAGACACUGUUGAUUUAAUGGAAUGGAUAAAAACAAACAGUGCCCCAACUGCAGCAUUUAGUGGCAGCAUGCAGUUAAUGGCUGGGGUAAAACUGUGUACGGGCAGAGCAAUUAACAACCAUCCACAUUACGAACACAAGCUGCUACGUCAGAAAACCAAAAUGAUUUACCAAAUCUAUGGCCGGAAACCUCCAGAAGACAUCUACAAAAUUCUGACGCAUUAUAAAACCACUCACAUAAUCCUCGAAGACAGUAUUUGCCUGGCACCAUCAAGGAACGGAUGUCGCACACCAGACUUGGUUGAUGUUGUGAACGGAGAGCUCCCUGAUGGUGUCAGUCACAGAGAUGGAUUGGUGAGGAACCAACAUCCAAGGUUUUGCAACGAGAUCCGAAAGGGUGCCAAGCGGUAUACCAAAUAUUUCCGACUGGUCUUUGAAAACAGGACGUUCAGGGUCUAUCAAUUGCUUUAAUGGUUGGAUGUGUACCCGAGGGUGUAAGUAUAUUUGAGUGUGUGUAUGUAUGCGUGUGUGUAUGUAUGCGUGUGUGAGGGCUAUGAUGUAUGAAUAUGUGUGUGUGGGGGGGAGUAUAGUGUAUGAAUGUG